CGCCGGGGCCGCUGAGGGGCUUGGCCGCUUCCGGUCCCUCGGGGGAGGGGCGCCUCCCGGGCGCGAAGGGGCUUCGUUUCCCUCCGGUCCUCCGCAGCGGGUGCGGCCACUCGGAACCCCCGGAGCACCCGACGCCCCCCGAACCGGUGUUCCUCGACAGCCACCGCGGCUGAGUCACUGGCCAGCUCGGGCGGGGCCGCAGGCGGGCACGUGGCGGCGCUCCCCGCCCGCCAUCCUGACCUCUAGCCUACCGCACCCCCUACCCCAGGGUGGAAAUCUCCCGAGAGGGAGCGGCCAGAGAUAAGGGGCGGGGGGUGGCGAGGGGGCUGGGAGACACACCGCGGGGCAGGGCGGGGAGGGGAGCUCGGGAAGAGAGCUUGGGGGUGAGUCACCCGGCGCCGGCGGCUACGGCGCCGGCAGACUAGGUCUCACGAGUCCGGGGCGAAGAGCCGAGAAGCCGGUGACCCUCGCCCGCCGGCCGGCCAGCCGGCUCGAAACCCGCAUGCCCUCCGCUCCCGGCCGGGGCUGCAGCCAAAGUCAGGGCUGACCUUACUCCCGCCGCACCCGCUGAGACGGAGAGAAUCACAGAGUGCAGAGACCCACUUCCCCGCCAUGCUAGAGGCCCACCCGACUGACCCCCGGCGGUCAGACACUCAGAAAAGGGCACUUCACCUUCUGUCCAUUCAUUUUUUUUUGGUCACUUUUGAUUCAGCACCAUUCAUUGAUGGGCUGGGAUCACGCCCUAAAGCGCCCGUGGUCGCGAUCGGUGGAGAAAGGGCUUCUGACUGACAGCUUCCACGCAGGCGAUAAGUGCUGUCCCAGCGCUAUCAGCAGGGCGCCGCGCCAACUCCUAGGGCCUGUCUAAAUUCGUCUGCCUUCCCCCUCCCCCACUCCCCUCGCCGGCCGGGAGAGGGUAGGAUGGGGUGGAGCGGAGAGAGGCCGCCAUGAGGACCCUGAGAGCCAUGGCCAUGCAGAAAAUCUUUGCCCGGGAAAUCCUGGACUCCAGGGGCAACCCCACUGUGGAGGUGGACCUGCACACGGCCAAGGGCCGAUUCCGAGCAGCUGUGCCCAGUGGCGCUUCCACAGGUAUCUAUGAAGCUCUGGAACUAAGAGAUGGAGAUAAAUCUCGCUACCUGGGGAAAGGGGUCCUGAAAGCUGUGGAACACAUCAACAAGACCCUUGGCCCCGCGCUGCUGGAAAAGAAACUAAGUGUGGUGGAUCAAGAAAAAGUUGACAAAUUUAUGAUUGAGCUGGAUGGGACAGAGAAUAAAUCCAAGUUUGGGGCCAAUGCCAUCCUGGGCGUAUCCCUGGCCGUGUGUAAGGCUGGAGCAGCUGAGAAGGGGGUGCCGCUCUACCGACACAUUGCAGAUCUCGCGGGGAACCCAGAGCUGAUCCUCCCAGUCCCCGCCUUCAACGUGAUCAACGGGGGCUCCCAUGCUGGAAACAAGCUGGCCAUGCAGGAGUUCAUGAUCCUGCCUGUGGGGGCCAGCUCCUUCAGGGAAGCCAUGCGCAUCGGGGCUGAGGUCUACCACCACCUCAAGGGGGUCAUCAAAGCCAAGUACGGGAAGGAUGCCACCAAUGUGGGUGAUGAGGGCGGCUUUGCACCCAACAUCCUGGAGAACAAUGAAGCCCUGGAGCUGCUGAAGACGGCCAUCCAGGCAGCUGGUUACCCCGACAAAGUGGUGAUUGGCAUGGAUGUAGCAGCAUCUGAGUUCUAUCGCAACGGGAAGUACGAUCUCGACUUCAAGUCACCUGAUGACCCCGCUCGGCACAUCAGUGGGGAGAAGCUGGGUGAACUGUACAAGAACUUCAUCAAGAACUACCCUGUGGUGUCCAUUGAGGAUCCUUUUGACCAGGAUGAUUGGGCUACCUGGACCUCGUUCCUCUCGGGGGUCAACAUCCAGAUCGUGGGGGAUGACCUCACAGUCACCAACCCCAAAAGGAUUGCUCAGGCUGUGGAGAAGAAGGCCUGCAACUGCCUGCUGCUGAAGGUCAACCAGAUUGGCUCAGUGACUGAAUCCAUCCAGGCCUGCAAACUGGCUCAGUCUAACGGCUGGGGGGUGAUGGUGAGCCACCGCUCCGGAGAGACCGAGGACACCUUCAUCGCCGACCUCGUGGUGGGGCUCUGCACAGGACAGAUCAAGACUGGUGCCCCCUGCCGCUCAGAGCGUCUGGCCAAAUACAACCAGCUCAUGAGGAUUGAGGAGGCUCUUGGGGACAAGGCUGUCUUUGCUGGACGCAAAUUCCGUAACCCGAAGGCCAAGUGAGAGGUUGGAGGCCCCAGGAGUGCACAGGACAGACCUGGGCCUUCAAGCCCUUCCCUCUGAAAUAAAACACUGGUG